AACACAGUAGAAUGGCAUCAGUCAGCUACUGCCACGUAAGGACCACCCACAGGAUCUCUGUGCUAUGAACCGACACGAAUGUACUUAGCUUUCCCGUCUGGGCAGCAUGGGGUCAGGUGGCGCAGGCCGGCCCUGCUGGGCGGCGGGGGUCUCCGCAGCUUGCGCCCGCCUUGGGGGGUGGCUGUCCGUGACUGGUUCGCGCCGGCUCUGCUGCCAUUGUCCCCCUCCCACCGAGGGCGGCCACGUCCCGCUCGUCUCACGGCCACGCCGAGGCCACAGCAGGCGAGGCCACAGCAGGCUGGGAGGAAGGGCUCAGCACAGGACUGCAUUUCUGCCUCAGCGGCUAAGUGAAGCAUGUCGAGGGGCCAAACCCCAAGUGCAGAAGGGCCUGCACAGGGUCUGUCGAGGGUCACAGCCCUGGGCACGCGCAGGAGCCCAGGCUGAACCCAGCUCUGUGUCCUCACACAAGGGCUGCACCCAGGCCUUGCGUGGGCUGUGGGUGGGGUGGGGUGGGAGGGUGUCACUGUAUAGAUGGGGCAUGGGGGGGUCAGCAUUGAACAGCUGGGGGAGGGGCCCUCGCGGGUGGGGCUCUUGUCUGAGGAGGAAGUUGGGUGAGGGGACCCCGGCCAUGGUGACCUCACUUCCCUGACAACAGAGCCCAUCAGAAUUUGGAACCCAGAUCCGGAGGUUGCCGACGGAAGAAAGCGCGCCCAGCAAAUGCUGUCUCAAGAUGUCCUUUCAGGGCUCCCCACCGCCUCUGGCCGUUUGGUCGGAAAGACCACAAGACCACGGAUGAAAUCGGGAGGAGGCUGGCGGAGAGCCGUGACGUUUCCGCGACCUGGGGCGUGACCCCACAGGGGUCCCCAGGAGCAGGUGCUGGGGAUUGCGGGGGAAGGCCUCCGACACCACCCAGACCACUGUCCCUGGUGGUCAUUGACUGGAUUGUGCUCCAGGAAUGGAGCCCACGGAGACCGAGCUCGAGGCUGAGAAGCCUGGGGCGGGGUGCCUGUGGGUGUGUGGGGACGGGUCGGGGCCGGCCCCACAGGGAGGAGCCCCGAGAGGCUGGUGUGGGGCCAGGAGCAAAGACUGUGUGCAGAGCACCCAGCGGGUGGACUGCAGUCGGGGAGACGUCCCGGGGAGGGCUCCUUCCUGGCUGCGGCUUCUCUGGGAGGCUCUGGGCUGGGCUCUGUCUUGCAAAUACCCACGGAGAGCAGGCACGGGGGUGAGCUUUCCUCCUCUCACAGAUGUUCCACGACCUAAGGAGCUAGAGCCGGCUCCAACUCCCUCAGCAGCUCUCCAGGGAGGGGUGGUGCCUGCAGAGACUUCAGCAGGAGCCCAGGAGCCGGCAGUUGACCCGGCACCUGCCCACGGAGAGCCUGACGCCGACCCGGAAGGGCCUGCUCGAGAACCUGUGCCCGGAGAGCCUGCCCCUGUUCCUGCCACUGUUCCUGCCGGAGCCAGGGCCCCUGUGCCUGCCCCGAACUGUGGCCCUGCUCCUUCCCCAGACCCCGCUCCUGCCCUGGAUCCUGACCCAUCCCUACCCCUGCCAGUGCCCCUGUCCCUGCCCCUGACCCAGAUACUGCCUUGGUUCCUCUAUGUGCCAUUGCUGGAGACCCUGUCCCUCCCCUUGCACCUGCCCCUUCCCCUUCCCCUGCUUGUGCUCCUGUUCUGGCCCCUGACCCAAGUCCUGCCCCUUCCCCUGCCCAUGCCUGUGUCCCUGUUUUCGCCUCUGACCCAAAUCUUGCUCCCACUCAUGUCCCUGCCCCUGCCCGUGCCCCUGCAGCUGCCACUUCCCCAGCACCUGCCUGUGCACCUGUUCUUGCCCCUGCUCCGGAUCCUGACCCAGCCCCUGGCCUGGAUCCUGCCCCUUCCCCUGCCCCUGGCUCUAUUCCUGUUCUUGCCCCUGUCCCGGCUUCUGCCCCUGCACCUGCCCCUUCCCCGACGUGUGCAACUGUUCUUGCCCCUGACCCAGCUCCUGCCCUGGAUCCUGCCCCUUCCCCUGCCCCUGCCUGUAUUCCUGUUCUUGCCCCUGUCCCGGCUUCUGCCCCUGCAACUGUCCAUUGCCCUGCCCCUCCCUGUGCUCCGGUGCUUGCCUCUGACCCAGCUCCUUCCCCUUUCCCUACCCGUUUCCCUGCCCCUGCAUGUGCACCCAUUCCUGCCCAUGACCCACCUCCUGCCCCUGCACCUGUCCGUUCCUCUACCUGUGUCCCUGUACGUGCCCCUGCCCCUGCCAGAGCCGAUGCCCCUUCCCCUGCUUUCCAGGGCCGCGGGCCCUUCCCUUGGCCCUGCCUGUGCUCCUGUACUUGCCCAUGACCCAGCUCCUACUGUGCAUCCGGCCCCUGUCCCUGCUCUUGCAUCUGGCCCUGCCCAUCCUCCUGUUCCUGCAGGGCUCCCAGAACCACAGCCAGAGCCCACAUCCUCGUGGGGAAAGCCGCUUGUACAAUUACCCUUAUUUCCAUCACCCGACCCUGAUGCCCCGCCAGAUUGUUUCAUCCCCUCCCCCUGUGUUCUUUCUCUCUGGUACAUAUUAACUGUUAUAUUAUCUUUCCUUAUCCUCUACGCUGUUUAUUAUUUAUUUUAAAUAAAAUUAAUUGUUUUCUGUUGGACAAGUCUGGAGCAUUAAUUAUAUUCCCAAUGCUGUGCCACCACACCCCAGAACAUUGCUGCACAAUAUCUGCUUCCGCAAAGGACACCCUGAACCAGAAGGCCUCCCUGCCCAUUUCUCCCCGAGCCCAGGCCCUGGCGACCCCUAAGCUGCUUUCUCUCUCUGUUCCUUUCCUGGGUGUUUCCUGUACGUGGAAUCACGCAAUAGGGGCUUUUGCGUCUGCCCCCCUAUUUUCAAAGGGAACUCGUUUCCUUCUGUAUUUAUUGGACACAGAAUUUCCCUUAUUCGAUAUUGAAAUGCCUGGGGCUUACAGAUCAGACGUAAUCAGAGAGGCCACUUUAGGAAUUCUGGGCACAAUCUUGGGGCCGAGACCCCUGUUCCUGCUGGGACACCUCAGCCUGACCCCAGACAGGACAGGGCUGGUUCCUCCUGUGGCCCACACAGAAACCAGGGAAAUGCAGAAAGCUGGAAGACACACCCCAAAGGGCAAUGCAUUGCUCACAACCCCAGGCCAGAGAAAGGUUUCAGCGGACUCUGGUCCAAACCACGCUCCAAGUCACUGGGUUCCACAGGGAGAGACCACACGCAUGCAAGUCCAAGUGGGGACAGGCACGGGGGGAGUCAGAGAAGCGGAGCUACCAGGGAAGGACUCUGGCAAAAACAAAAAA